AUGUCGAAGCCUAUUGUCCUCCAGCUCGGCGAUGACAUCAAGUGGAACCACGAUCUUUACGAUGAAUUCAAAUCUCACUUCGAGAUCAAGCGCUCAUACAGCAUGUCUCGUUCAGACUUCAUCCAAGCGCUAAAGACAAAAGCUUUUGGUGACUUUGUCGCUAUCUACAGACCUUUCUGGAACACUGGCGGUGAGAUGGGUAACUGGGAUGAAGAAUUGAUCUCACUGCUACCUUCAUCCUGCAAGAUUUACGCCAGUGCAGGCGCCGGCUUCGACUGGGUUGAUACAGCUGCCCUUGCAAAGAGAGGUGUCACUUACUGUAAUGCCGCUGCAGCUUGUACAGAGUCCGUGGCAGAUGCAGCAAUUUGGCUCAUAAUCUCCGUCUUCCGCAACCUAAGCUGGUCCAGCACCGCCGCACGCUCCGGCUCAGCAGAGAAAUUCGUCGACGCCAAUAAGAACCUGGCACCCGUGUCGCGCAACCCCAGCGGUUUCAGCCUCGGCGUCAUCGGCUUCGGUCGCAUUGGUCGCCGUAUCGCAGAGAAGGCCUACAAGGCUCUCGACAUGAAGAUCCUGUACAACGACGUUGCGCAGAUGCCUCGGGAAAUUGAAGAGCCCCUUGGAGCUGUGUUUCACAAGUCCGCCGAUACCCUCCUCGCCGAGGCAGACUGCGUUGUUGUCGCUACGCCUUUUGCGGGUGAGACACUUUUGAACAAGCAGGGUUUGGCCAAGAUGAAGAAGGGCGCCAAACUGGUCAACAUUGCACGUGGAAAACUCAUCAACGAAGCUGAUCUUGUGGAGGCUCUCAAGAGCGGACAGCUUUCUGGCGCGGGUCUGGAUGUUUUCGAGAAUGAACCUCAUAUCAGCCCUGAGCUGCUCAAGAUGAACAACGUGGAGCUCCUAUCUCACAACGCCGGCGCAUCACUGGAUUCACACAUUGGUUUUGAGAAGCUGGGUAUGGAGAACAUUAUAUCCUUCCAAAAGAAUGGCAAGGCUAUUUCACCAGUCAAUGCUCAUCUCAUCAAGCAGAGCAAACUAUAA